AUGGAUAAAAGGGAAGCAAGCCUGAUGCUGCCCACCAUACUGAUCUGGCAGUUCCCUUUGAGGGAGCCCCUGGAACAUGACCCAGUCCUUGGCUCUGCAGUGGCUCUGCCUGGUCCAAUCCAUUUAGCCCUGCUUCCCCACUUUGGGCCCAGUUGUUCCCUUACAUUUUCUAGGACCAGACCCUAUUUCUUUUUAACAGUCCAGCUGAAGGAAGAUUUAGAUCAAGGUAGCUUUUUCCUUAUCACGUGUGAUGGUGUAACAGGAGAAAAACUGCACCUGAUGAAAUACUUAUUCCUGAGAGUGGACUUAAAGGGAUUGAAGGUCUAA